UUUGAUUUGUAUUCCCAUCCAGCAGGCAGGCAGGCAGGCGGAAAGUCAGAGUCACGAAACACUGAUGAGAGAAGAGGGACAGACUGGAUGAAGCAGAGGCAGGGAGGAGUCCUGCUGCCAAGGUGAACCUUUAAAGCUGCGUGUUGAUACGGACGUGCCGAACAGAAGCGGAGCCGCGGAUCGCGCGCCUGUCCCCGGGGUGACGGUCAGAGUGCAGCCGCUGGAAUAACCUCACAGACACGGAGCCGUCUUCGCUGGAAGGACGCGUUAUUUUUAUUUUUAUUUUUUCCCCGCGUGUUUGUGGACAUUUUGGGGCAUAAAGUUCGCCGCCAUGGAAUGAGUUGAGUGGUCUACUCCGUCGAGAGCAGCGGAGGGAUUCAAGAAAGACGGUCAGGCCAUCACCCUCCCCACAGAGCUGUCUCGCUGUCUAACUGUGAUAUCUGCCGCACUCCUCCUGAGAAUCGCGAACGGCUGGAGAAUGAAGAGUCCCACCGGGAUCUAAGGGGGAGGAAUUCGGCUUCCCGACGGUGUGGGGGAGACCCCCGACUCCCUGAAGGGACCAGCUGUUGGGCUGCGUGCGGAUGAAGGCAUCACUUCUGUGGGUUUUGGCGCUUCUGAUUGGAUGUCGCCUCCAUUCAACCCUCCAAAGAUCACAACCUGAAAGAAGACCAUUUGUUUUUUCUCUGACAGGAAAAUGUUUUCAGUCGUGUGGAUCCUGCAGAGCGCUGUGGGGGCAAUAAGUGGAUGUUUGCUGUGGAAAUGAGGAGGAAAGACAGAUUUUGUCUUUGAUUCUUUGGAAAUAGGCCAACUGAAAUGAUUAAUCGUUUUAAUCAUGAUUAACCGAGCAACUCAUGUAGUAAUCGAUUAAUCAUUAACUGGAGUAUACAGUAUAGAAAAAGGUUAUUUGCUGAAAUAGCAUUUUCAGUAAUUAAGCCAAAACUGUACAAAAUAUGUACAUUUGCAUUUAGAACAAAAAUCCUUUGUAAAUAUGUUCUACACAGAACUCCUUCAGUGGCUCAGUUCAGGCUUCACCUGGUUCAAAUUUUGUAAACAACAAAAUCUUUUAAGCUCCUUUGCUAUUCAGUUAAUAUUCAGUUAAUGCAAAGAAAUAGUCAAAUUGCACAUCAUCAAGCUGUUUGAUGUUUUAGGCAAUAAAAUCUUUAUUUUCUUAUUUAAAAGGGAAGUGAAUUUGUUAAGUUGCAACUUUUAAAGCAUUUCUAAUAUUGCAUAAAAAAGGCUUAAACAUGCUUAAAGAUCUUAAAAAUAUGCCAAUUUUUUAUCUGAUUAAUCGUCCGAAUAAUCAAUUACUAAUAUAAUUGCUAGUUGUAACCCUAUGAAAUAGCAGAAUUUUGAGGAGAGCAACAUAAACCUCGACUGCUUUUAAGAAUUUGAUCAGCUGUUAACACAUUCAAAACUAUAACAUGGAUUGUUUUUAGCUGUUAUAAUAAUGUCCAUCACAAACAUUCGUCCUUAUUUUAAUUUGAUACUUUGACUUAUAUCAGUCUUCAAACAUGUGACGUUUGGGGUAUUUUUCAAUCUGUCUCAAGCUUUAUGAACUUGGAUGGUCUGUUCUCCCUUUCAUUGUUGUGAAGAACAUUUUUUAUCUCCUAAAAACAUCUUUUAUCUCCAAAAAACUUUUCUUAUCUCCUCGGGCGGAGAAUUCACUACUCUUCUUGUCACCGCCAUGGUGAUGUCCCAGGGCACCUACACCUUCCUGGCCUGUUUUGCUGGCUUCUGGUUGGUCUGGGCCCUCAUCGUCAUGCUGUGCUGCUUCUGCAGCUUUUUACAGCGCCGGCUGAAGCGGCACAGAGAGGACAGACUCAGAGAACAAUGUUUGCGGGCCGUGGAGAUGGAGCCGCUUUCUGCUCAUCCUGCCGGAUACCCAUCGGCGCCGCCACCGGCGCAGCCUCCGCAGGUGCAGAGGGAGCCGCCACCGCAGAUCUGCCCUUCCCAGAUGCUGGCGGCGCCCGUCGCUCUGCCGGUUCCUCAUCCGAUGCCACAAGCCAACUGGGUCAGCAUGCCAGACACAGAUGUAUUUGGGAAGCCGCCUUGCUAUGAGGAUGCGGUCCUGAUGGAGGACCCCCCUCCACCCUACAGCGAGGUCUUGGCUGACCCUCGAGGGGGGACGUACCUGAAGCCCGGCCCACUCCGGGGAGUGCCGCUGCCUUCCAGGGAAAACCCCCACCUGCCUCCGGUCGUCACAUCCGAGACCAGCAAGCCCCCAGUGGCCACCGUGUUCCCUGACAGAGGUUACUCCUCGCUAAUCCGCCUGCCUUCAUCCCAGCGCUGGGACUCGUUGGGUCACCUCCUGUCCAACAUGGACCUGAACAACAGCCUGACCCCACCGGGGGCGCGCUCGCUUCAGGUGGCCAACACUGCCGCCAUGGCGACCAUGCCGCGCAGGGAGUCUAGGACUCAUUAUGAGAGUAUGCAAAGUGAAAUACGGGGACUUCAGAGGAGCAUGCGGGGAUUUCAGGGAGGAUUUCAAGGUAUUCAGGGGGUUCAUAGACUGAGAAGUCUGGAGCCUAGCUGUGGUAUGCCAACCGCCUUCCCUUUGCUGGGUCGCAGCACUGCGGUCUGAGCCUGGAUCCCUACUGGGAGCAUCGUAUCAGCCAGUAAGAGGAACUGGAAAUGAACUCAGGAGUGUACUUACUUAGUUUGCAGAGCUAAUGUGUGAGUACAGGAGGACACAAACCAGUUUGUACCAGUAGCUGUGCUUCCAUUGAUCAUGUAAUUAUGAAAUGUGACAUUUGGAAAAUAAAUUUGCUUUAGGGAAAUACACCAAUUUUGAAAAAAAACUUGUUUUCAAUAAAAUGUUUUGCCAUUAGGAUGAAGUGGUUUGUUUGGCCAUAUCGAAAUUGGUUUAUUUCGCAAAACUGCAUUGGAAACGUUUUUUGGCAUCACAUGAGUCACAAUCAACAACUGGAUGUUGCCACUAGUGCUAACCACAAAGAAGAUAAUAACAUGUUUUUAAUAAAUUAUCGAGUGAACAAACUUACUCACAUGUGAUUUCAAUUGUGCUUCUUAUUUAAUGGAAACAACACAAUUGCAAAAUUGUGUUUUUUCAACAUUAGCAGAAUAUUGACAGUUUUGCACACAUUACAAUUGAAACACAGCUACUGUUGUAGAGCUACAGCGGUGUUCUGCCAUCACUUUUGCGGCUGACAGAGUUGAAGAACUUUGGAGGUGCAGAGGAGGAGAGAAGAAGAAGCCAUAACGAGGUAAAGAUGUGCAACAAAUGAUCUGCAAAUCCAACCUCUCCUGGUCUUUAUUUCCAUCUCCACCUCCUCUCUCAUUCAUCCCUGAUCUCUGCUUCUGUCUCAGAGCCACCCAUUGUACCGGCCUGCUGUUGCCAUGGCUCCGGAGAACUGCCUGUUUCCUUUAUCUGCUCUGAUUUUCUUUGUAUCACUCGGCUCACAGUUUGCAUCCUCUCAAGUACUGUGAGAAUUAAGGCGUAGGAGAAGAGCACACGGUGACCUUCAGUGCGACCCAGACAUCGUGUGACACCAAACAGAAGGCCAAGCUUCGUCUAAGAACGGAGAACAACUGCUCAGAAUCAAGUGAACUUUGAUUGUUGUUUUGUAACCUCUUUGUCAUUUUCAGUGCUGUCUUCACCGUCAGUAGAGAUUUGUUUUUUAAAUUACAUGACGUCAGCUGGAUCUCUGAUACGAAAAGGACCUUUUUCAUGUACAGCCAUGAAAGACAAUCUUUGAAACAUUGUCAGAAUGCCUUUUUUCUUGUGUAAUAAAACAUUCUCAUCAACAAGGUUUCUCCCCUUUGUCUAGGGAGCAACAAAGGGAAAAGUGACUAUAUACACUUCCUUUAAUAGAACUAAAUGCAAAAAAGCAUAAAUCAAUCAGCUAGCUAUCCAAAUCAACAAGUUUUUCCUUGAUUGACUCUAAUUAAUGAUUGGUUACCCAAAUAUGGAAACAUAUAUAUAUUUUCAUAUCCAAUACAUGCAAACUCAUAAAAUCUCCCAAUAUUUGGUCAAUAAACGGAUCAACCAAUGCAACAUUUUGAAAAGUUUGUAAUUAUGGAGUACAUGAAUAAUAAUGGAUGAAGGAUGGAAACUAAACUGGAUCUCACCAAGCUCUGCAGAUGCCUUGGUAACAAGACUUUCAUUUGAUUCAUGUGUAUUUGAACAGGAAGAAAACAUGAGAUUUACUUUUUAUGUGAGGAACAAAAACACAGCUUUACUUCCACAUUCAUCCACCUGACCUUUUAACUUUGGGUAAAAGUAAAUAGUCGUGAUUUUCAAAAAAUCCAUCCUAAAAAGCAUCGCCUGAGGUGAAGCAACUUUUAAAUUUUCUGGCACAAAUAAUAGAGGCGUUCAGAUGAACUUUUCUAACCUACAGCAGAUGAAUCCCCUGUUGGUUUGCCCUUUAAACGGAUCAUCAGCAAUGAUGGGCAAAUUCUAGACUACAAAGCUAGAUUUGACUUCACAGUCUCAGCCUGUAAGCAACAAACAGAGCAAUUUAUUUAAAUGUCACAUGCUCCCAAUCCCUCAUCGUGUCCCGCUGCUGCAAAAUGAUGCUCGUUAUAAGGUUUUUAUCAGGGUGAAGAGGCUCGAUCAUAAUAAUAUCAGAGACAGUUAUUAUGACAAAGUAACAGGGAGCAGAAUGAGGAGACGGAAGCAUGUUGUUGAUUAAAGUGACAUUUCGUCAUUCAAUACACAGAUAUUUUCUGGAAGUAGUGCACAAAUGAAUAAUGUGUUAAAUUCACUUAUAAAUCACCUAAUUUGUUAUUUUUUCAUUAAUGUUACAAUAAUCAAUACUCUCCAAAGUUAAAAUGAAAGACUCAGUUUGUCAAUCUGUAUUCAAAUAUCACUUCAUACCUUCAUGUUUCCAUUUUAUACUCGUAAACAACCUUAGAGUUCAACCAAUUUGGUUGCAGCAGAGAAACCAUUUGACAAGAUGAUCAAAUUUAAAGUUGCCAAUAAGAACUUCCCUUAGUUCAAGUCUGAAAUAAUUUUUCGUAAGAAAUGUUCAAUUUGACAUGUUCAUAAGAUGAUUAGGACCUAAUAGGUUUGC